UUGGCAGCCACGGCGGCGCAGGCCCUGGAGCGAGCGAGCUCACAGCCGCCGCCACUGCUGCAGCCGCAGGAGGCGUGAGAAGCCGACGCGAGGCGCUCGGCCGGGCUUAUGCUGCAUGGUGUCAGAAGUGGGAUCUGAAGGAGCCAGCCGCGGGGGAGGUGCGACUCCUGGGGCCCUUGGUGCUCUUUGCUUCCGCGAGUCACCGUAACGUUCCACUUGGGGGCCAGAGCGCUCAGAUGGCGGACAGCAGUUUUUCAGAUGGUGUUCCUCCAGACGCCUCGGAGGCCGCUAAAAACGCAAGUGACACAGAGAAGCUCGCCGGCCAGGUGAUGCAGGACCCGCAGGCCCUGGCCGCUUUGCAGGAGCGACUCGACAGCGUCCCCCACACCCCUUCCAGCUACAUCGAGACCUUACCCAAAGCAGUGAAGAGAAGAAUCAACGCGCUGAAGCAGCUGCAGGUGAAGUGCGCCCACGUCGAGGCCAAGUUCUACGAGGAGGUGCACGAGCUGGAGCGGAAGUACGCCGCGCUCUACCAGCCGCUCUUCGACAAGAGAAGAGAGUUCAUCACCGGGGAUGUUGAGCCGACAGACGCGGAGUCGGAGUGGCACAGCGAAAAUGAAGAGGAAGACAAAUUGGCCGGAGACGUGAAAAAUAAAGUCGUCAUCGCCGAGAAGGAAGCCGUGGCGGCAGAGGAGCCAGACCCCAAAGGCAUUCCAGAGUUCUGGUUUACCAUCUUCAGAAACGUGGACAUGCUGAGCGAGCUGGUCCAGGAGUACGACGAGCCAAUCUUGAAGCACCUGCAGGACAUUAAGGUGAAGUUUUCAGACCCCGGGCAGCCUAUGUCUUUCGUGUUAGAGUUCCACUUUGAACCCAACGACUACUUCACCAACGCCGUGCUGACAAAGACGUACAAGAUGAAGUCAGAGCCCGACAAGGCGGACCCCUUCUCCUUCGAAGGUCCUGAAAUAGUCGACUGUGACGGGUGCGUCAUCGACUGGAAGAAAGGAAAAAACGUCACAGUCAAAACAAUCAAGAAGAAGCAGAAACAUAAGGGCCGAGGCACGGUGAGGACGAUCACCAAACAAGUCCCCAACGACUCGUUUUUCAACUUCUUCAGCCCGCUCAAGGCGUCUGGAGAUGGAGAGUCCCUGGACGAAGACUCGGAAUUCACGUUAGCCUCCGACUUCGAAAUUGGCCACUUCUUCCGGGAGCGGAUAGUCCCGCGGGCCGUGCUCUACUUCACGGGCGAGGCCGUAGAAGAUGACGAGAAUUUUGAAGAGGGUGAGGAAGGAGAAGAGGAGGAGUUAGAAGGCGACGAGGAGGGAGAAGACGAGGAGGAUGCCGAAGCCAACCCCAAGGAGGAGCCCGGCCAGCCCUCCGAGUGCAAGCAGCAGUGAGAAGAGGCGCCGCGGACCCGCCCCGAGUGCACGGCGUUGACGUUAACUUUUCUUUUAUCCUUAUUACUUUGCUUAACCUGUACAGUGGCAACUUGAAUGCAUCUCAGAAACAGGAGGUUCGAUUCCAGCACCCUCUGCGGCCUUGGCGCAGCGCAGUGGACUUUGCCGGGCCCUGCCUCUGGGAGGGGGCGGUGGGAGGUCAGCCGCCGCCGAGGGCAGGUGUCUGGGGACGCGGCUCCAGGGCGUCUAGAAGCGGCGACCCCUCGCUCGGACUGGAUUCUUCUUCCACUUGGAGACGCUCACACGCUUGUGUUUCCCGCCACCUGGUGUCCUGCGCCCUCCUCGUGUCCCAGAGCUGGUAGGGUCAGUCCCGUUCCCCUUAGAGCAUCUCUCUUCAGUUUGUCUUCCGCGGGGGGCGCGGGGGGCGCGGGGGGCGCGGGGGGCGCGGGCGUCUGUGCUUCGUCCUCGUAUUUAUUUCUUCUUUCCCGCCGCCGCUCGUCCUCCGGGCUCGGAACCGUGUGUGUGACGGCGGGCGCCCCGGGGGUGCCGGACGGAGCCGCGCCCUGUCCCCAGCAGCCGAGGGCGGGGGCCGCUUCUCCUGUGUGCAUGUCGGGGCUCGCCUCCUCAGCGGCCCCGUGCCCCUCGUCUCCAGAGCCCUGGGUUCGGGGCCCCCUGUUCUCGGCUGGCGUGUGAGGUCCCCGAGUGUGCGACCACGGCCUCUGGCAGCCGGGGACGCGUGUCCACACUGUGACCAGGCCUGUAGAGUGCUCAGCCUUACUUAUAACACAUUUGUAACUGAACACGGUGUUUUCAAUUUGUACAGAAUAGUUAGAAUAUUCUAUUAAAGUUGUGAAACACGAA